AUGUCGACGGGUCACCAGCUGCUGAAUACAGUACCUGUUCGAGAAUCACCUGUUCACCUGUUCGAGAACCGCAACCCGAACGUGACUGAUUUCGGUCUGGAGCUGUUCGAGGUGGACAUGGUGCUGACGGAGGAGCAGAAGCUGGACCGGAAGGCGGGGCCCAACCUCUGGCCCGGCGGCCAGGUCAGGUACGCCAUCACGUCAACGUCCGAGCCGGACCGGGCCGCCAUGGUGGCGGCGCUCAACCACUGUCGCCAGCACACCUGCGUCACCUUCACCGAGGUGUUGGCCAGCUUCGAUGUCAGCAUCGGCAACGGUUGCACCGGCCUGGGCACGAUCGCGCACGAGGUCGGCCACGCGCCCGGUUUCAACCACGAGCAGUCGCGACCGGACCGAGACAGCUACGUCGCCAUUCCGACCGGGAACAUCCAGGCCGGCAAGGGCGGAAACUUUGACAUCGCCUCCAACGCCAACAACUACUCCGUGUCUUACGACUACACCUCCGUCAUUCACUACGGCAAAACGUACUUCAGCGAGAACGGCCAGCCGACCAUCCAGGUGAACCAGCUGCAGUACUCAGGCCUGCUCGGCAGCGGGACCGGCCUCUCGCACCGUGAUGAGCAGCUGGCUAACGCCAUGCACAGCUGCGCUGCCAGCUGCUCCAGCCCGCCCGCGUGCCAGAACGGCGGCUACGUCAGCAAGGCAUGCAGCUGCGUCUGCCCGCCAGGCACCAGCGGCUCCCGCUGUCAGACGGUGACGGCGCCGUACUACGGCAGCGUCUGCGGCAACCAGGCCAUCACCUCGGCUGGCACCGUCAACUCCAUCAACUGGCCCAACAUCUGCCCGCGCAACCAGAACUGCUUCUGGAUAGUGACGGCGCCGGCUGGCCGGCGCGUCAGAAUCACCUUUAACACUGCCAAGGUGCUGCACCGCUACAGCGACGGCAGCUGCUGCUGGGACUGGAUCAACCUGUACACAAACAGCGACAACUCGGCCGACGUCAACGCUGGCGGCAGUGAGCUGCAGGACAAGACGUACACCUCGACCGGCAACCGGCUGGCGCUGGAGAUGCACACGUACGCCGGCGGCAGCUAUCCCUCCCUGCAGACCGGCUUCACCGCCUCCGUCAGCUUCGUCUGA